AUUUAAGUAAUAAUAAUUCGAUGUAUUGAUUAAAAAGGGAUUCAAUAAAAUAAUUAUGCAAUGUUUAUAUAAAGACCGCUUCAAGGAUCUUUGGAUGCCCUGGCCCUGGCAUGAGACACACGAAGGCCCUGUUCUCAGGGCCCUCGGAGAAGCUAGGUACCGAGUUGAUCAACCUAAACCGAGCCCACAAUUGAGCAUUACAGUAAACUCUUGAAGGAGGUGGCUCACAUUAAGUUGAAUUAAUCGACCGUAUGAAUCGUAGAUCUUCCUUUAGGGAUACUUUCGACCACAUCUUCACAUCCACAUUCUCAUUCUCAUCGUUCAUCCCUCAUCGUGAAAAGUCCCAUGACGAUAUUUCUUCGAAGAAGAUAACACCAAAAGAAAGUUCGUUCCAAAAUCAAAUAUGGCGACAAUGACAAAAGAAAUGACCGUAAUAAGACCGAUCUAUCGUCAAGACGAAUUGCAUCGUGUGUGCAAGUAUGCGAAACCAAAGAGAAAUCUUACCGAACAGAUUUCCAGAAGAUGGAACAAUGCCAGUCCGUGGAAAAUGUUGAAAAAAACAGUACCAUUGAUAGAUUGGUUGCCAAAAUAUAAUUGGAGGAAUAAUAUUCUUGGUGAUAUAGUUGCUGGUAUUACAGUAGCUGUUAUGCACAUACCACAAGGAAUGGCGUAUGCAAUACUCGGCAAUGUACCAUCUAUAGUUGGCAUUUACAUGGCUUUCUUUCCAGUAUUAAUAUAUUUUUUAUUCGGCACAUCCAGACACAACUCAAUGGGUACAUUCGCAGUAAUUUGUAUGAUGACCGGCAAAGUGGUAGUGACGUAUAGUUCGAUGGAAAAUACUAUGAACAAUAGCACACAAAUCGACAGUGCGAACAUAAUUGGAUCGAAUAUGAUCAAUCAUGAGUAUACACCGAUACAAGUAGCUACUGUUGUAACCUUCGUCGUUGGUCUAACGCAGUUAGGAAUGUACGUAUUACGAUUGGGCGUUAUAUCUUCAUUCUUGGCUGAUAGCCUAAUAAGUGGCUUUACAACAGCUGCUGGUUUACAUGUAUUCACGUCACAAGUUAAGGAUCUUCUUGGUUUAACUUUAAUACCACGAAGAGGUAUAUUUAAACUAAUACUUACAUAUUUUGAUAUUUUUAAUAAUAUUGAUAAAGUCAAUGUGGCUGCUUUGAGUUUGUCAGCCAUAACGAUUGUAAUCUUGAUAUUUAAUAAUCAAUUCUUAAAACCAAGAUUCGCUAGGAUAAGUCCAUUUCCAAUACCAAUAGAAAUGUUAGUAGUAGUGGGUGGUACUUUAAUAUCAAUGUAUAUGAAGUUAACAGAAGCAUACAAUAUUAAAAUAGUCGGUGAUAUACCAGUUGGAUUACCAACUCCAUCGUUACCUCCACUUUCUCUAAUACCAAACGUUCUGCUUGAUAGCUUCAUAAUUACUUUAGUUUCCUAUACUAUAUCUAUGUCAAUGGCUUUAAUAUUUGCGCAAAAGGUUGGUUACGAAGUAGACGCCAAUCAAGAAUUAGUUGCUCAGGGUCUUGGAAAUCUUUUUGGAUCAUUUUUUUCAUGCAUGCCAUUCACCGCCUCAUUAUCGAGAUCAUUGAUCCAAGAAACUGUUGGUGGACGUACACAAUUAGCAAGUUUCAUUUCUUGUGGUAUUUUGGUCAGCGUUUUAUUAUGGAUUGGACCAUUCUUCGAACCUCUUCCACGAUGUAUUCUAGCGAGUAUAAUCGUCGUGGCUCUUCAAGGUAUGCUGAUGAAGAUAACAGAUUUCCUAAAAUUUUGGAAAUUGGAUAAAAUAGAUGCCGGUAUUUGGGCAAUCACAUUUCUCACAGUUAUUUUAUUGGACGUUGAAUAUGGUCUGAUCAUUGGUUUAUUCGUAUGUCUUACGAAAUUAAUUAUAAUUGUUACUCAACCCUAUGCAUGUUUACUUGCAUUGGCACCUGGUACUGAACUUUAUUUGGACUCUCAAAGAUAUAAAGGAACGAUCGAGAUUACAGGAAUUAAAAUAUUUCAUUACUCGGGAAGUUUAAACUUUGCAUCUAGACAACAUUUUUGUGACACAGUUUAUAAACUAACCGAAGUAAUACCAAGAAAAGAAGUGAUAAAGAGAAAUACGAAAAAUAGUACGGAAGAUGACAAAAUAGAUGAGAUAAAAUACUCAAAUUCCUAUUACACCGAUCAAUCAUCGUGUUCCUCGCAACACUUAUACAUUAGUAGGAAUACUUUGAAUCAAAAUUAUGGCAGCACGACGAUCAAAGAUACCAUGCAAACUCUGAUAUUGGAUUUUUCGGCAGUGACAUACAUCGAUUCAGCUGGUGUAAAUAUGUUAAAAAAUUUAAUCAACGAAUACAAUGAAAUAAACGUUUCAGUUUAUAUUACUGGAACUUGCGGACCUGUUUACGAAAUGAUGACGAAAUGUAAUUUAUUGGAAUCCAAUGAUCAUACCUUUGGAUUAUUUCCUACGAUUUCUGAUGCUGUAUAUUAUGCACAACAUCCAAAUAAUAUUAUGACAAUAUCGACGUAAAAUAAUAAUAAUUUUUUUUUUAGGAUG